GCGCGAGGCGCGAGGGGCGGGGCGCGCUAUCGGCGCCCCGGUCGCGUGACUCGUUUUCAAAUCUUCAACCGCCGCGGCCUUCUGGAUCGUGCUGUGCUCCUUCCUGCUCCGCGCCCGGGAGCCGAAGCCGGCCUAGAAGCUCUGCCUGCCUGUGGCGCCUCCCUACCUCCAGGCCGUGGCGGGUGAAGGGGGGAAGCGGCCUCCCAGGCAACUGGACCGGUGAAGCCUCGUUCUCGUGCCCGUCGGGAGCGGUACCGCGUUCGGACCCAGUAUGUAGGUGCCAGGCGGCUGCCAUGAACCCCGAGGCCAUGAGGAUCCAUAGCAAAGGACGUUUCCCGGGUGGAAUCCAAGAUAAAAAUGAAAAGAACAGAGCAUCUUUGAAAUCUCUGAAAACUGAUAACAGACCAGAAAAAUCCAAAUAUAAGCCACUUUUGGGAAAAAUAUUUUACCUUGACUUACCUUCUGUCACUAUAUCUGAGAAACUACAAAAAGACAUAAAGGAUCUGGGAGGGCGAGUUGAAGAAUUUCUCAGCAAAGAUAUCAGUUAUCUUAUUUCAAAUAAAAAGGAAGCAAAGUAUGCACAAACAUUGAGUCGGAUUUCUCCUGUACCAAGUCCAGAGUCUGCUUAUACUGUAGAAACUACCUCACCUCAUCCCAGCCAUGAUGGAAGUUCAUUUAAGUCUCCAGACACAGUGUGUUUAAGCCGAGGAAAAUUGUUAGUUGAAAAAGCUAUCAAGGAUCAUGAUUUUAUUCCUUCUAAUAGUAUAUUAUCAAAUGCCUUAUCAUGGGGCGUGAAAAUUCUUCAUAUUGAUGACAUUAGAUACUACAUUGAACAAAAGAAAAAAGAGUUGUAUGUACUCAAGAAAUCAAGUACUUCUGUAAGAGAUGUGGGGAAAAAAGUUGGUAUUGGAAUACAAAAAGCAAGAACAGGAAGACUCAAAAAGCCAUUUCUAAAGGUUGAAGAUGUGAGCCAGUCUUAUAGGCCAUUUUAUCUUCAGCUGACCAAUAUGCCUUUUAUAAAUUAUUCUACUCAGAAGCCUUGCAGUCCAUUUGAUGUAGAUAAGCCAUCUAGCAUCCAAAAGCAAACUCAGGCUAAACUAAGAAUUCAUACAGAUGGUGAUAAAUGUGGUGGAAUCCCAGUUCAACUCCAGUUGAAGGAGAAGAGAAAAAAAGGAUAUUGUGAAUGUUGCUUACAGAAAUAUGAGGAUCUUGAAACUCACCUUCUGAGUGAGAAACACAGAAACUUUGCACAGAGUAACCAGUAUCAAGUUGUUGAUGAUAUUGUGUCUAAGUUAGUUUUUGAUUUUGUGGAAUACGAAAGAGACACACCUAAAAAGAAAAGAAUAAAAUACAGUGUUGGAUCUCUUUCUCCUGUUUCUGCCAAUUUCCUGAAAAAGACUGAGCCCAAAGAGAAGCUAGACUUGCGGCCUGUUUCCCAGAAAAGCUUGAGGGAAAACAAAGGACAGGUGACCAAGCAGAAUUUCCUGCAUCAAGAAAUCCAGGAAUCUGAGCCAAAGCUUGUGCUUAUUUCAGAGCUGAACUCCUGCCCUUCAGAUGAAUUGAGAGGAGUUGAGAAAACAAUAAGCAUGUUUGGUGCAGCUGAACAAGACAUAAAACAGAAUUUUACACAGCUACCUCCACAUAAAACUAAACAGGAAUGUAGUCAUGAUGUUUCUGAACAUAAAUUAAUUAUAGAUGAAAAUGAUGUUGAACAAAAAGUAGGUGACCCUCCAAGUGUGCUACAAGUUUCUUAUUUCAGUACAAAUAAUAGCCCAUCCCAACCAAAAUUGGCAUCAGACACUCCACAUUUUCCAGCAGAAGACCAGAAGGAAACAGACCUUCAUUCAGUAUUUGAUCAUGACUCUGACCUGGUAACAGUAAAUAUGUCAAAAGAACACCUAACAGUGAAGACCAAAACUCAGUCCUGUAGUCCUCAGGAACCCAAUGAAUGUGACGUCGAGGCUGUGGAUAAUUUGCCUUCUAGUAAAAUCCAUCGGAAGGUGAGAAUAUUAUUAGGGCGAAAUAAAAAAGAAAAUCUGGAACCAAAUGCUGAAUUGGAUAAAAAAAGAACUGACUUUCUUACUGCACAAGAAGAAGACAGAAUUUGUAGCUCACCAGUACAGUCUUUACUGGACUUAUUUCAGACAAGUGGGGAGAAGUCAGAAUUCUUGGGUUUUACAAGCUACACUGAAAACAGUGGUAUAUGUGAUGUUUUAGAUAUUUGGGAGGAAGAACAUUCAAGUAAUCUGUUAUCAUUUUUCUCUUCCCCUUCAACUUCUACAUUUGUUGGAUUUUAGUCUUUAAUGUACUUAUCAGAAGUAAUAGGAUUAUAUUCCUGAAAUUUUUAUAUAUAUAUAUAUGAUUCUUAGGAGAUUUUUUUUUGCCAACUUUGUUUACAGAACCAUAUGUAAAUAUUAAUAAAGGUGAUGUUUAUAAUUUUUUAAAGAAUUGAAUAGUUAAUUCAGAUAAUAG